AAAAAGGUAGGAAACAGCGACGGAAUAUAUAUAACUUCCACCUGGGCGAAGUUUACAGCCUCUUAAUAAAACCUAGAAUACCUUUCCUCUCCUUCUAUUCCACCAUCAUCCGCCAUGGAUAUUGAGGAAGAUAUCCGCGCAUUACAGCUUGAUUCCGCAGAAGAAAACAAUGGAGUUGGAGUUGUCAUUCCGGCAGAUCAGAACACUGAUGGAGUUGAGAUAUUGGAUAAAAUGGAAGAAGACUUGAAAGAUGAGGUUCAAGAAUCAGCGCCAGUCCCUGAUUUGCAACAAGCUUCCGAGGAUCAUGAUCAGGAAGUUCUCCAUCCAGUGCAUAACCCAGCGAAAGCAAAAGAGAAGGCAGCCCAAGAGAAGGCAGCCAAAGAGGAAGCUGAAGAAGAGGCAGAGGCAAACAAAAAGAGACACUUGAAUGUGGUGUUCAUUGGACAUGUUGAUGCUGGGAAGUCUACAAUUGGAGGACAAAUCCUCUUCCUUAGCGGUCAGGUGGACGACCGGCAAAUCCAAAAGUAUGAAAAGGAAGCAAAAGAGAAAAGUAGAGAAAGCUGGUAUAUGGCAUAUAUAAUGGAUACAAAUGAAGAAGAGAGGGCUAAGGGUAAAACUGUUGAAGUUGGAAGGGCUCAUUUUGAAACUGAGACCACCAGAUUUACAAUUCUGGAUGCUCCGGGUCACAAGAGUUAUGUACCUAAUAUGAUUAGUGGAGCAUCUCAGGCGGACAUUGGUGUGCUGGUGAUAUCGGCUCGUAAAGGGGAAUUUGAAACAGGAUAUGAGAGGGGUGGGCAGACACGUGAGCAUGUUCAACUUGCAAAAACAUUGGGCGUGUCAAAGCUGGUGGUUGUUGUGAACAAGAUGGAUGACCCAACUGUUAACUGGUCGAAAGAGAGGUACAAUGAAAUAGAACAAAAAAUGGUGCCGUUUCUAAAAUCCUCGGGCUACAACACAAAGAAAGAUGUUGUCUUCCUGCCCAUAUCUGGUCUAAUGGGGAUUAAUAUAGACAAGAAGAUGGAUCCAAAAGUUUGUCCUUGGUUCAGUGGCCCCAGCUUUUUUGAAGUCCUCAAUUGUAUUGAAGUUCCGCCACGGGAUCCUAAUGGUCCAUUCAGGAUGCCCAUUAUUGAUAAAUUCAAAGACAUGGGAACUGUUGUCAUGGGAAAGGUAGAAUCUGGCAGCAUCCGGGAGGGUGAUUCCUUGAUUGUUAUGCCAAAUAAGGAACACGUGAAAGUUGUUGCUAUAUAUUGCGAUGAAGAUAAAGUUAAGCGUGCUGGACCGGGCGAGAAUUUGAGAGUUCGUAUAACUGGCAUUGAAGACGAGGAUAUCCUUGCAGGUUUUGUUUUAUCCAGCACGGUAAAGCCUGUACCUGCCGUUACUGAGUUCGUUGCCCAACUACAAAUCCUUGAGCUGCUUGACAAUGCUAUUUUUACAGCUGGUUACAAGGCUAUUCUCCACAUUCAUGCGGUUGUUGAGGAAUGUGAGAUAAUUGAAUUGAUAAGCCAAAUUGAUAUGAAGACGAGGAAACCCAUGAAAAAGAAAAUUCUGUUUGUGAAGAAUGGUGCUGCUGUUGUCUGCCGUAUACAGGUUAGCAAUUCAAUCUGUGUUGAAAAGUUCUCAGAUUUCCCACAACUUGGAAGGUUCACUCUACGAACUGAAGGGAAAACAAUUGCUGUUGGAAAAGUGACUGCGCUCUCAGGUGCUUCCUCAAGCGCUUGAUCCCAAUUUUGUGAGGAAAAAGGUGAGUAGCUACUCUUACGAUUUCAAUUAUUGGAACCACCAAAUUGAAGGAACAUCCAAAAUAUGAGACGGUUUAUGGUUUUUUGAACCGCAGGAGAUGGCUUUCGAGUUGCACCAAGAGCGGGGUUUAAGAAAAUGCUUCUGACGAAGGAAUCUGGAGUUCCGUAAACUCAAUUCUUAUUUCCAUCUGUAUGGUGAGGAUUGAGAGUUACUGCUACAUAGAGGUGUAACCUGAGACCGUUUUCUGAAAAAUUUAAAAGCUAGAAAGAGUAUUAUGAUGAACAUGAGAGAGAGAGAGAGAGAGAGAGUUUUCACUUAUUUUUAAAGUCAAGUUUUACAGUUACUAAUACUAUUGUUAUCACCUUUUAGCUGCUGAAUCCGUCUUCCGGCUUAUUGGAGUUUGCUGUUUAAAUAGUUGAGGAAACACAAUUUGUUCCUUAAUGAUGUCUUAAAAUUACCUUAUUUCUUCCUGCCUUUGCUCCAUGCGACCUGACUGAUGCAGAUUUGGGUCCUUUGACAAGUGCGUGCUUGUAAGUUCAGUAUUGCGUAAAUCGGAUAAGGAUUGAACCUUACAGUGAAGCAGUGUGUGGCGUUAUUUAUGAUUAUACCAGC